AGAUACACUUGGGCCAAAUUAAUUUUGGAACCACAACUGUUACUUAAAGUGGCCCAAAUUCUUUGCCUUUUCAACAGCCGAGCCGCCCUCUUUUGCAACGGCGCUGGCAAUGGCACUAGCCGUAGCAGCACACAAUGUUAUUUGUGACCGGGGUGCUAUGGUUGAAAAGGCAAAACAACUUUUCUUUGGAAUGAAGGACAGAGGAAUUUCCCCAGAUGUCAGCAGUUUCUAUCUCUCUACUUCACGGUUUCUGUGUUACAUGGGUGAUUUGGAGGAGGCAAAAGGCUUAUUCUGUGAGAUGGGGGAUGGACGAGCUCGACUAAACGUGGUGGCAUUCAAUUUCUCGAUUGAUGCAUUCUGCACUGGUCUUUCAGAUGUCUGAUUCCAAUUGCAUGCUUCAUUUCCGCUCUGUCGGAAGAUCUGCAGAGAGCUAUACUUUUUCUGUAAGAAAAUCAAGUGUUACUAGUAGCAGAGAAGAAUAGAUAAACAGCAAUGGCUAAA